UUAUAAAUACUUGAAAUAAAGAACUCCAUUUAAAUAAUUAAUUUAAAGGUCAAUAUAUAAUUAAAUUAAUCAAGCUCAAUUUAAAUUAAUAAUUAAGAGCUCAAAUAAUUUAAAUAGAUAUAAGCCCAAAUUAAUUAGAUAAAUUAAGUCUAUCAUGUUUUUCUUUGAAUAAGCCCCAAACAAUUAAAUUAAAAUAGGCCCAAAUAAGAAAGCCCAAAAUUUUCGGCCCAAACCCGGCUCAAACCCGGCCCAAACCCAGCUGAAACCCGGCCCAAACCCAGCUCCCUUUUCUAACCUAAAUAUACACACACCAAAUACACUCAAACACACACAUUAGCUGCGCCCCAUCUCUUCUUUCUCACUCUCUCUCUCGCCUUUCUCUCUCGGACCUCUCUCUCUCGUUUUCUGCCGUUCUGCCGCCGCCGCUGCCGUUCAACGGCGCCGUCGCCGCCGGCGAGCGGCGCGGCUUCUCCUUCUCUCUCCCUGAACUUUUCCCCCCCUCUUCUCCUCUAUCUCUCUCGCUCAAUCUCGGCCGCUGGAAAGGCACAGCAAGCGCAACCACGCCGAUGUGCCGCCAUCGCCGGGCCGCCGCCUGCUCCCUCAUCCUCGCGGCAGAUCCGCCGCCGCCGUUCAACGCCACGGCCGCCUGGAGCUGCUGCUGUUCGCCUGAGGUCGACGGAUCUGGCCUUCAGUCGUUCGUCUUGCUCGGAGUUCCCGCCGCCGUUGGCUUGCCCGGAGUCGCCGCUGGCUGGCCCGCGAUCGACGGCCAGCAGCUCGCUGGAGGAGCCGAGCACCGUCUCACAAAGAUCGGAGACAACCGCGGCUCCGUCGCCGUCCGUCAACCGCCGGCGACGACGAGCCACCGAGGCUGCCCUCCCCCUGACCUCGACUCACACACGCAAUCAGCCAACACAAAGGGUUUUUGUGCGAGAAUCAUAUACUGUAAUUGCUCAAAUAAAAGUUUUAACUCUUUCCUUGUAACUUCAGUUCACAAGUACAUAUUUAGUAACUGUAAAUCUAUGAAUUUGCUACUCAUUUUCUUCAUUUAUCAAAGCAUAUGUAAAUCUGAGUUAAUGAGCAUGUGUUGGUAUUCUGGAGUUGAUGUAUACAAUUGAAGGAUAUUAUAAUAUAUAAAUUAGAAAUAUAAA